GCCGAAUGGGCCUUUAGGGUUUCGUAUUUCCAUUGUCUCGUAUAAAAGGCUCUUAUAUAUAUAUAUAUUAAUUACCGAAUGGGCCUUUAGGGUUUCGUAUUUCCAUUGUCUCGUAUAAAAGGCUCUUUUGCUCUCCCCCCCUUCUUCAGAACACCCUCUGCUCUCUUUUAGCACUUCAAGCUACAGAAGCUGAUUCUCAGUUCGCGAAAGAGAAGCACAGGGCGAAGAUGGAGCAGACCUUUAUCAUGAUCAAACCUGAUGGUGUGCAAAGGGGAUUGGUUGGUGAGAUUAUUAGCAGGUUUGAGAAAAAGGGAUUCUCUUUGAAAGGUCUGAAGCUUGUGAACGUUGAACGUCCCUUUGCCGAGCAGCACUAUGCUGAUUUGUCUGCAAAGCCCUUCUUUAAUGGCCUUGUUGAUUACAUCAUCUCUGGCCCAGUGGUUGCUAUGGUUUGGGAAGGUAAGAAUAUUGUGGUCACAGGCCGGAAGAUCAUUGGUGCUACUAACCCAUCAGACUCUGCUCCUGGCACUAUCCGGGGAGACUUAGCAGUUGAGAUUGGAAGGAAUGUGAUUCAUGGCAGUGAUUCAGUGGAGAGUGCUAGGAAGGAAAUCGCCUUGUGGUUUUCUGAGGGCAUUGUUUCUUGGCAGAGCAGCCUUCAUCCAUGGAUCUAUGAGUAAAUUCUCUUGUGGCUGGGCUUCUGUUUCAUGGAGUUACAGAGUUAUUAUCCUAAUUAUUGAACUUGAUCAACAACUAUCAUUUAAAAUGUUACAUCUGUUUCAGUGGAUCUCGUACUUGGCAUGCUUCGGUUUUGAGCACUUAGCUGGUUUUGCACUGGUUUUUAAUGUAUUAUCAUUGUUGUUUGUCACUAAGUUUUUUACAGCAGUUUUUAUUAUAUUUGCAGAUUAGAGCGCGUCUAUAAUAAUUUGUUUGGUACUCAAGAAUGAAAUGAAAUGUAAUAAAAAAAGAUAUUUAUAAUUUUACAAA